AUGGCGCGGCGAAAACCCUCAGAGCAGCCGCUCGACGACGACUCACGACGUGUGCGAACGAGAUCCAUGUCACGAGGAGUCGCUGGCAGCCGUGCGACUGCGACGCCACCCAGAGCUUCCUUUCACGAACCAACGGACGACUCGGGCGACGCCGAGCGCACUCCCAGGGAUGCACCGGUUCUUACCGCUUUAAACGGCGAUGAGUUCGACCGAACGGAUGGCCAUGAACGGCCGGAUGAGCUUGCCGAGGGAGGCAUCCCUAGAGGGCUUGUAGAUCGUACGGCUGAUGAUUCUGCGGAUGUCAAUAUUGGUGAUCAUCGUACGGCUGGCGAUAGCCCUACAUCUGGCGCGGAUUCUGGACGGGCUGGCACCGUCGACGGAGGUGGAGCCAGCAUGGAUGCGGGUGACGUGGCACGCCGUCGAUUUCUUUCGAUCGCACGGCAGAGGGCCGCCCAUUUCGCCCAUUUCGAUCAUUCUUCCCGCCUGACCUCCGCUCGCCGCACUGGCGCGCGCGAAACCUCUCCCGUUGCCGGCCCUCCCCCCUCUUCCGCUUCCGCCGAGGCUGCCGCCGCCGCGGGGCAGGGAGGGGGUCGAGGCGGACGCGGGCGCGGGCAGGCGCGUGGGGCGGGGGAGGCGGAGCAGUGGCCGGGCCCGUUCGCCACAGCGAGGCAGUUGGUGCGGGGAAGAGCCGCUGCUGCCGCCGCCAGGCAGGCGCAAGGGGGCGGGGGGACGCGCACAGGGGAAAGCGCGGGGGAACGAUUGGGCGGAGAAAGCAUUGCGCAAGGCAGCGAAGCAGGGGGAAUCCGGGGCGGGGGGGCAGGAACUACAGGUACUGGUGUUAGCACCGCUCCAGCUCGGGUAGCUGUAGCAUGGACUCCCAAAUCGCCGAGAGAAACGGGAGGAGGCGGAAGAGACGACACAAGCGGGGGCGGAGGGGGGGGAAGAGGCCCCCGCAGCCUGUACUCCCUGUGUCUAGACGUGGUAUCAGCGCACAUAGAGGCGCUGGAAUCACUGGAAGGCGUGCCGGACGGCGUGCGGCGCGACCUGAGUGCGUGCCUGAGCGCGCACAGGCGGCUGGACGGCCCCGCGCUGCUGCUGCUGGUGGGCGGCGUGGCGACGGAGCUGGCCGUGGCAGACUGCUCGCUGGUGGGCGAGGCGGACCUGCACCGCGCUCUCCUCACCUGCCACCCUGCCAAGCUGGAGCGCGUGGAUCUCUCUAUGUGUGGUCGUAGUCUCUCCGACGCCUGCCUCACCUCCACUCUCCUGCGCGCCCCAGCGUCCCUCCCCGCGCUGCGCUCCCUCUCCCUGCAAGGCGCCUAUCGCCUCUCCGACACCUCCCUCCCCCCGCUCGCCCUCGCCGCCCCCUCCCUCGCGCACCUCUCGCUCCUCCACUGCCCGCUCCUCUCCUCCCCAGCAGUAUCCACCCUGCUCUCCUCCCUCGCCUCCUCACUCAAAUCUCUCCGCUUGGACGGGUGCAGUCAGCUGAAUGCUCACGCGCUGCUGCCAGGCCUCAGGGCGUUGACGGGGCUGACCUGCCUGUCGCUGUCGGGAGUGUCUGCGGUGACUGAUGCCGUGCUGGCUGACCUGCUGCCCGCUGUGGGGGGGCAUCUGAGGGAGCUUUCUCUGGCACACUGCGAGGCAGUAACAGACGAGUCCGUGGCCGCGGCAGCAGUCCACGCACCGUCAUUAACCGCUCUGGACCUCUCACACCUUCCCCUGCUCUCGGACGACUCCCUCCACUCCCUGUGCUCCGCUCAACUCAAGCUGCGAUCGCUCAACCUCACUCGAACCAACUUCAGUGACUCGGCUCUCGCUUCUCUGGUCCAGUCCUCAGGCGCUGCGCUGCACACCCUUUCAGUGAAUGCUGUGUAUGAGGCAUCGGACGGGCUGCUGGUCGCGCUAGCGCGCUGCGCGCACGAGUCGCUGCAGGCUCUCGAUGUGUCGUGGUGUCGCUCCAUGUCUGACCACGCCCUUGGCCUGCUCGCUGACUCCUGCACCAACCUCUCUCGCCUCUGCCUCUACGGCUGCUCCCAGGUCCUAGCUGCGCCAUUGUCGCAUCAGUCGCCGUCCCCGUCGUUUGCUCAUCAUCAGUCUCGCCAGCAGCACGACUCUGCGACGUUACGCGACGAGAAUCCGUCGCUUGAUAUAUUCGUGGAGAGUGACGUGGCAGCGGAGUUCUUGAACCUUCUGGACGCCAUCACGGACGGCUCGCAGCCGGACGGGACUCCCAUCGGCAGCACCGAUUCACGCGAUUUACAACAGCAUCGCGAUACUAACUUAUUGCACCAGCACCAGCACCACCAGCAGCAGCAUCAGCAGCAGCAGCAGCAGCACCAACAGUUGUCGUCCGCGCCAUCUUCACCUGCCGCCUCCGCCGCCGAUCCUACCACGUCCAUUUCGGCCUCCACCAGCGGUGCUGCUAGCUUUUUGGCCGCAGCUCCAGAUUCGGCUGGCGGUGAUGCUAUGACGGCAGCAGAAGCACUGGCGAACCCUGUGUCGCCGCGGCAUGGGGAGUCGUUAAACGCGUUGGAUUCAUACAGAUCGUUGGAAGCAGCGUGUGCGACGGAGGUGAUUCACGACGACGACGCUGCAGCGUGUGUGGCGGGGUUCAAUGGCGGUCGUUCCGACGACCCCAUCGACGCUUUUCUCGGCACCCUGCUGCUCGAGAAUCCGGCGUGCGGAGGUGGCGAUGCGCGCACAUCUCCUUGCCCGUCCGCCGCUGCUGCUGCCCGCGGUCAUGAUCCGCUGCUGCAAGGCGCGCCCAUGAGCAGUAGCCAGGGCUUGGCGGAAGUGCGGGAAUGUUGGCUUUCAGAAUUGUUAGUAGCACCUCCCGCCUCUAUCUCAUGGGCUUCGCAGCAGCAGCAGCAGCAGCAGUUUAUGAUGAUGACAGAAGGGAACGAGGCGUUGCAUGAGGUGCCCUGUGUGCACCCAGGGAACGACGGCGAACCGGCAUUUGUGGGGACCGGCUGGAGUGACAACUUGGUGGAGGAAUUGGGCAUGGGCGGAAGCAAGGCGGGCGGAAUGGGCGGUGGGGGAGACAAUGCGCAGCAGGUGGAGGGUUCAGCGUCGCCUGUGGAGCUCACAGGCUCAGAUCUGUUUAAUGCGGCACGCAUGGAGGGAAGUGGUGUGGGAAGCGUGGCGACAAGCAGGGAGCGGAGCGAGGAUAGUGCGAGUGGCAAGGGCUAUCCUGCUGCUGCUUCUGCUGCUGCUGAUGAUGAUUUUCUUGGUGCUGCUGUUGCUGGUGUAUGGGGGGAACAGCUGGCGGGCGAGCUGCUGGGCUCACAGCAACGACAGAGGCUUCAGAUCCAGCCCGAGAAACUGCCGCCACCGCAGCAGCAAAUUAAUCAAUUUAGUAAUAAUGUGAAUAUUAAUAGUAGUAAUAGCAGUAAGGGAAAUAAUAAUCAGCAGCACCAGCAGCAGCAGGCAGUGAGUGGCAGCACCCCGCGUGUGCGGCAGUUGCCCAAUCUGUCAGGGCGACUGGCAGCUCUCAUCAGCCAAAUAAGCCACGCCGGAAACGCCAAGGCCAGGGCCAAGCGCAGGGCGGGGCAUGACGCUACUGCUGCAGCUGCAGGGCAUGCAAGGGCAGCAGGCACGGUGCCCCGGCAUGAUUUAGCAGGAGGCAUGAUGAUGAUGAUGCACGAGCAGGCGGGUCUAGCAAAUGGCCUGGAGCGUGGCUUGGAGGAGGGAGGGCGAGAGAGCGCGUCGGGCCUGCAUGGGCGAGGCACAGGCGGUGGUGAUGGGGGAAGGCUCACAUGUGGGCGUGGUGGGGGCGGUGGUGUGCAGGAGGCGCAUGGCGAGGAGUCAGGCAGCAAGCGGCGGGCAGUGCAGGCGCGAGAAGUGUCGCAGGUCCCACCCUCUGCAGCACUCAGCUCUCAGCACCUUGCUGCUGCCGCUGCAGCACCUUCCUUCCCUCCUAAGCCCACUACUAGCGCUGCUGCUGCUGCUGCAGGAGGCAAUGCUGCAGCGGCGCCGUCCCUACCCCACGCGUGGUUACUGCCAGGCUCGGGUCCAGACGGCCUGUCAGGAGAGGUGGACCCGUUUCUCCUCACGGAGCACAUCAGCCGCUGCGCGCCUGCUCUCGCCCUCGCCCCUGCCAUGCUCAGAGCCCCGCACGACCCCUUUGCCACCCUGCAGCUGCAGCUGCCGUCACUCGCUGCAGUUCCGUACACACGAGCUUCCUCCCAGGCGCUCCCAUGUCAUUCGGGCAGAGAGGGUGUGUCGGCCUCUCAUCCCCUCGCGUACCACUCUCUGCUGCCAACUGCACUGCCCGUGCCCCGGCCUGUGCGUGCGCGCAUGCACAAGGGCAAGAGCGAUGUGGGCAUGGACGAGGUGAGGCAGCUCGUGCUCGCCCUCGCUGAAGCCAUCGCCACCGCUGACAUGGUCAGUGCCCCCUCCCUCCCUCCCUCCCUCCCUCCCUCCCUCCCUCCCUCCCUCCCUCCCUCCCUCCCUCCCUCCCUCCCUCCCUCCCUCAUCCCCUCUUCCCCUCAGUUCUCUCACCACCGCACACGCUCCCUGCCCCGCACCUUCCCCAUCCAUUUCAAUAUCCGUGCGCCCCUCUCCCUGCAGGACCGGGUGGCAGGGCUGCGGACGCGCAUGGCAGCAGCGGCGUGUGCGGAGGGGCGGGCGGGGCAGCGAGUGGCACACUGCUUCCUGGACGCGCUCACCACCCGCCUGCACGGCACUGGCGCCCUCCGCCUCUACAACGCUGCCUUCUCCCAGGACAUGCUGCAGUCGCGCCAAGUGUAUUUCACCACCACGCCCUUCAUCCCCUUCCUCUACGCCACCGCCUAUUCCGCCAUCCUGCAAACCUUCUCCCGCUCCUCUCGCCCCUCCCCUCCCACUGGCACCACCACCACCGCUCGCUAUCCUGCGUUCGAUCCCCGAGCUGCCAAGCACUGCACACAGCGGUGCACAGCAGGAGCAGCGGCAGAAGCAGGGGCGGGAGCGGGGGAAGCGGCGGGAUGCGGAGCAGAUGGUGUAGGAGGCAGGGGAGUGGGAGACGUUCAGGUGGAGGAGGUGGGGAAUGCGGAGCAGUGCUGGGUGGCAGAGUGUGAGCGGCAGAAGCACGAGGAGCUGGGGAGGAUGCUCACAGCUCAGCUCACAGCAGAGGCAGCAGCGCUGGGCAUAGAGAGGUUUGAGCACCGCGUGGUGACGAUGAACAAGGACAACCUCGCUGAUAGCCUCUCCCAGGUGGAGGGCCGGCGCACAUGGCAGGGCCGCGGUGGCAGUGGGACAAGGAGGAUGCGUGGAGGGGUGCAGGAGGGGGGUCUUGAGGAGUGGCAAGGGGAGGGGUGUGAGGAGGAGGAGGAAGAGGAGAAGGAGGUGGUGGCGGUGUGCUGUUGUUUGGAGCUGCAAUACUUCCACGACAGCUCUGUCAUGCGUAGCAGCCCUAGAGAUGCUGUUCUCAAGGUGCGCUGCCUGCUGCCUGCUUUCAGUGGUUGCAUCACUGCGUGUGUGGGGCAGCGGGCCGUGGCACCGCACGAUGCUCGCAAUGCUUGGGUGGCCUCCCUCGCUCCGGACAUAUUUGCAUUCAUGGAGACUGACCUCUCUGCCAACGGCCCCUUCUUCCUCUCGCGCCUGCGCAACUGCCUCGACUACCACGCCGCGCUCUUUGAGUGCCACGAGGGCCUCUCUGCAUGCCCUGCCCCCAACCACGCGCCCCAGCCAACCAAACUCCACCAGCAGCGCAACCAGCAACCACAGCAGCAGCAGCACCAUCUGUCAACCGACGCACAGCCCUUUGCACAAGGCGCGGUGGGCAGUGCUGACACCAGCUGGUCCCAAGUCUGCAUGUCCUCUCUCUCACAAGCCACUGAGAAGCCCACACCACCCACCCCUGCGCCUUCCCCCCUCCUCGAAGCUCCCACUCGCCGCGACCACAUCCUGGCAUUUGAGCGGGCCUUCUUCGGGUACAACAUCGUGAACAUGGUGGCCACUGAGGGCAUGCAGAGGUCGGUGCGCCCGGAGAGCCUGGUGGAGUGGGCGCAGCGCAUUCGGCACGCGGGGUUUGUGCCGCUGGCGGUGCCGGCAGACGUGCUGGAGGAGGCGUAUGGCACCAUCCGCAGCACCCCCCUGGGGCUGGGCAUGCUGGCCACAGAGGGCGCAGCGCAGCUCACAUGGCAUGGCUGCCCGCUGCUCAUGUGCACUCUCUGGCAGGUGCCGUGGGUCAUGGGGCGACUGGCAGCUCUCAUCAGCCAAAUAAGCCACGCCGGAAACGCCAAGGCCAGGGCCAAGCGCAGGGCGGGGCAUGACGCUACUGCUGCAGCUGCAGGGCAUGCAAGGGCAGCAGGCACGGUGCCCCGGCAUGAUUUAGCAGGAGGCAUGAUGAUGAUGAUGCACGAGCAGGCGGGUCUAGCAAAUGGCCUGGAGCGUGGCUUGGAGGAGGGAGGGCGAGAGAGCGCGUCGGGCCUGCAUGGGCGAGGCACAGGCGGUGGUGAUGGGGGAAGGCUCACAUGUGGGCGUGGUGGGGGCGGUGGUGUGCAGGAGGCGCAUGGCGAGGAGUCAGGCAGCAAGCGGCGGGCAGUGCAGGCGCGAGAAGUGGCCUCGGGGCACACAGCAGAGCAGGUAGCAUGCCAGGUGCACACCUCCGCAACAUUCAGCUCUCAACACACUGCUGCUCCUCCUACUGCGGCAUCUGCCUUUCCUCCUAAGCCCAAUACUAAUUCUGCAGCAGCGGCGCCGUCCCUACCCGACGCGUGGUUCCUGGCAGGCUUGGGUCCAGACGGCCGGUCACAAGAAAUGGAUCCGUUCCUGCUCGCACAGCACGUCACCCGCUGCGCGCCUGCUCUCGCCCUCGCCCCCGCCAUGCUCGCUGCCCCGCACGACCCUUUUGCCGCCCAGCAGCUGCCCUCUCUCGCCGCGGUUCCGUACACACGAGCUUCCUUGCAGGCGCUCCCAGUUGCGUCGGUCUCUCAUCCCGUCGCUUACCACUCACUGCUGCCCUCUUUGCUGCCCGGUGCUGCUGCCACCACCAGACUAGCGGGUGGUUUUGCAUCCCCGCCCAUGCCUUCGCCCAUGCACAUGCCUUCGCCCAUGCACAUGCCUUCGCCCAUGCACAUGCCCUUUCACGGGCCUGCGCAUGAGGCCAUGGUCGUGGCAGUGCCCCGGCCUGUGCGUGCGCGCAUGCACAAGGGCAAGAGCGAUGUGGGCAUGGACGAGGUGAGGCAGCUCGUGCUCGCCCUCGCUGAAGCCAUCGCCACCGCUGACAUGGACCGGGUGGCAGGGCUGCGGGCGCGCGUGGCAGCAGCAGCGUGUGCGGAGGGGCGGGCGGGGCAGCGAGUGGCGCACUGCUUCCUGGACGCGCUCACCACCCGCCUGCACGGCACCGGCGCCCUCCGCCUCUACAACGCCGCCUUCACCUCCCAGGGUGCGGUAGCGUGUGGGACGUGCAGAGGCUGUGCAUGUGGCGUGCUAGGUUGGCUCCGCAUACACUUGUGGUGGCUGUGUCUGUUAGUAUCAUCAGGCUGGGCAGCGGGGAUGAAUGGUGGUGCAGGAGAGGGGUUUGUGCUGUGCUCGUGA